AAGUACAGCAUAGCUCAUAAAUUUAAAAAGAAAAAGUAGUUUAAUAAAAUCAAGCAAUAAAUAAGGCCAUAUGGUGAGGAUGUAUAUGACCAAUUACGUUUCUAGAAGUUUAAGGCUUUCUAAAAGCUUCCUACUUUGAUUAUUUCCCAUGGCUUUAAACCUGCAAAAGUGCUUUCUUAGAGCCACUACCAAGAGGGCUCCAUAACACAUGGAGAAAAGUCUUUUCUUUACCAAACCUACAAAUUAUAGUUAUUUCUUAGAAAAAAAGAAUGUUCAAUAUCAUCACUUUCAUGGUCAUCAUCAUAUUCAUUUGAUAAACAUGCAAAACCCUAAUCAACAACCUCAUCAUGAAAACUCAUCAUCAAGAAGUCAAUCACCGGAAUAUGGAGAGCCGGUUUCCGAUGCCAAAUGGGCUCCUAGGCUUCUCCGGGAGUGUGCUACCGCGAUUUAUAACAAGGAUUCGAGAAAGAUCCAUCACUUGUUGUGGAUGUUGAAUGAACUUGCUUCUCCCUAUGGUGAUUGCAAUCAGAAAUUGGCAUUUUAUUUCUUGCAAGCCCUUUUUUGUAAGGCCACAGACACUGGCUUGAGGUGUUACAAAACCCUAACUUCAGCAUCUGAAAAGAGCAAAUCAUUUGAUUCAUCAAGGAAAUUGAUCCUAAAGUUCCAAGAGGUAAGUCCAUGGACAACUUUUGGUCACGUCGCAUCAAAUGGUGCACUUUUAGAAGCAUUAGAUGGAGAGAAUAAGCUUCAUAUAAUUGAUAUAAGUGACACCUUUUGUACUCAAUGGCCAACUUUGCUUGAAGCCUUGGCUACACGAAAUGACGAAACUCCACAUCUUAAGCUCACGGUUGUGGUCACGGAGAGCAUCCUAGUGAAGUCUGUUAUGAAAGAAGUAGCGCAAAGGAUGGGGAAAUUUGCUAGGUUAAUGGGAGUGCCUUUUGAGUUCAAUGUUAUAAGUGAAUUAAACCACUUGAAAGAACUCACAAAGGAGAGUUUGAAUAUACAAGAAGAGGAAGCAUUGGCUGUGAAUUGCAUCGGAGCAUUGAGAAAAGUUGAAAUAGAAGAAAGGGGAGCUGUUAUAAGAAUGCUUCAAUCUCUUAACCCUAAAGUUGUGACAAUAGUAGAACAUGAAGCUGAUUUUUCAAGCACAAGGAAUGACUUUGUUAAGUCUUUUGAAGAAUGCCUUAGGUUCUACACAUUAUACUUUGAGAUGCUUGAUGAAAGUUUUCCAACAACGAGCAACGAAAGGCUAGUGAUCGAAAGGGAAUCUUCUAAAUGCAUAGUUAAGGUUUUGGCUUGUGAUAAUGAAAUUAGUGAUCAAGGAGAUAGUGAAAGAAGAGAAAGAGGAAAUCAAUGGUCUGAAAGGCUCAGAGAAUGUUUCACCCCAUCUCCACUAAAUGAUGAUGCUGUUGAUGAUGUUAAGGCCUUGCUUAAGAGGUACAAAGCUGGAUGGUCACUUGUUCAACAACAAGUAGAUCAAGAGUCACCAGGAAUUUACUUGACAUGGAGAGAAGAACAAGUGGUAUGGGCUUCCUCAUGGAAACCUCAGGAAAAAUCAAUGGAGGGAGCGACAUAAUCAGUGAAGAUUCAUAUAAUUGAAAUGGAAGUGUGUGGUGAUUAGUGAAGAUUCACAUAGCUAGACUGGAGGUGCGUGAUGACCAUAGAAGAUUCAUAUAGUUGAACUGAACGUGCAUGGGUUUAAGAGUAGUAAUUAUAUUGUCAUACUUGAUAGAAUUUGGGUUUUCUAUAUUUGGGAGCCAACAUAGAUAAGCAAGAGGUUGAUCCUCUUUGCUUGAAUUUAUCUUCCAUUUUAGUCGUCUUUUCUUAUGGAUCUUGCAAACAUAUAGGAUAGAAUUAUUACUAGAUUUAUAUUGUUUUCUUUUCCGUUCCUUUUUCUAUCUUUCUAGAUUCAGCAACACUAUAAUGCUUUGUACUUGGGAGUUUGUAUUGCUUUCUUUCGUUUGAUUAUUUUUCUCCAUUUCUUCUUGUUUGAAA